CUCUACGAUCCAGUAGCAGUUCCCCGACACGCACCCGCGCGCUACUCAGUGGCGUAUCUGGCUUUCAAUGACCGAAUCCCCAGGGCCUCAACAUCAUGUUGCACUCAGUAUCACCCAUAAAAAAGUACAAAUUUAUAGUAGUUGCCAGUUGCAAUUUCCGGCGAAAGAUGAAAUCAUGCUUAACUGCGCAUCUACGUAGAUAUUGAUAUACAGUGAAACACCAGAAAAAGCUCCGCGAGAUGGAAAAAACGAAAUAAGUAAGCGAAUCACCAUUCUGUGGAGCGUCCACGCGGUGCCGAGACGAGCCGCACGCACAUGGAAAAAAGGCCGGACCUGGUUUGAUACUCAUUGCUUAAAAAUCCGAUUCCGAAAAUGAUCAUGAUGCUUUUUCGUUUUCCCCUUUUUUCUGCGAUGUUUUGUCGAAGGCGGUAUAGCGAUGCUUGUGUGCGGAUAUCUUUGGGAACGUCGGUGCUGAGUCUUUCGCGGGCCUUGGGGGCCCAAGGGGGUUCUUCGUCCAGCACGGCCCCGGAUCCCACCGGCACCUCGGAAGACCUGCGCGUGUCCCUGCACAACCACGACAACAGUGUGCUACAGGCAAAAUUUGAGGAAAGGAUUUGUGGCGUUUGCCGGUACGUCGAGUGGACGGGCAAUUGCACGCAUUUUGGAGCUUGCGGCUUGUUGGAUCCGCGCACGUGCGCUGCCACGCACUGCACUGCAGAAGCUCACGCCGAGCGCAGCCGCCGGGUGUUAUUGGACAACCCCGUGCGAAAGUCUCAGCAAGAGCGCGAUGUAGUUGGUUCUGUAAGCCAGACGGAGCGAGUGCAUUCCCGUUCGAUCGAAUCUCGCCGACGCAUUCUAGUAAACUCUUCAGGAGGCGGAAUAGGGCCGGGUCUGGCAUCGUGGUGGCACGACACUCUGGUCGCGUCUAGCAGCUCUAUUCUCUCCUGGUUGCAGUCAGUCUUUCUAGACACGGACACGGGAGGGGGAAGCCCUUGGUGGAGAACUUCGCAAAAGCAGGAGCUCACGGCAGAAGAGGAUGGAAGUGAUGACGUUUCAGCAACUAAAACUACUGUGUCCGCCGAACGGCGAAGGAUCGAUAGCGACGGGGUGCACGACAAGCAGGUCAAGCAGGACGGUUUGUGGAAUGUGCGCGUGACGAAAGCCAUGGCAUCGCGGGGUUACAACAAGUUACGCGUUUCCGUAAUCACCAAGAAUGCAUCGGAUUUGCGGAUCGAACUUCUGUCAAAAGCUGGGGAAGGAGCCACUGCAAGAAGCGCAACGAAUGAAGAUGUGUACUACGCUGGUUCAUCAUCUCUGAAAACCGAGGUUGAACCAGGAACAACAAUCGUAGGCCAGUCUUACGCAUCGAGAUUCAAAUGGGCGUGGACGCAGAAUUAUCUGCAUUCUGAGAUUGUCGACCGCAGCCGCACGGAUGCCGUGCGCGUUCUCAUGAAAAAUCAAGGAGAAACGAAGUCUGGUGGACGAGUUACCCGCGCUGGUCUUCCUCGUCAUGGAGAAGAAAAGACGAAAGCUGCGUCGAUCAGCGACGAGGGCCGCGCAUCGUUUCUUGGCGUCGACCUGCCGCCGUUGCCGGCGCAGGGGGCGGGGAUCACGGGCGUGUUUAUCGCGGACCCCUGCUUCGUUGCGGAUUCCAUCACCACUCUAAUUGAUUGCAUUUACGAACCGGAAUUUCGUCUGUCGCAGAGGACGCCGACGCUGCUGCGGACCUUUGUGGGAAGUAUGCCGGACGUGAGCUAUUGGGGGAUUCUGGGAGACAAUUUUUACGACCGCACGGGCGAUGCCACAGAGUGGUUUUUCUCGCAACUGGACGACGCCACGCGAAGCAAGGUGUUUCUGACGGUACCCGGAAAUCACGACUACUGGGUUUUGGGGAGCCCUACCGUCGGUACCACGUUCGACCAGUGUGGCAACGGGUUCGUUCAGUACUACGGACAGGACGUUGUGGCCAGUGUCCCAGACCAGCUGCGCGGUCGUACCAGCAGACGUUCUGCGAGCGAACGCCCGCGAUUUGAGCAAGUUUCCUCGAGGCUGCACGACAACUGGACCAAUUCUAGCAGGAGCGAUGCGAUCCUCCCGUACAACCUUUCGAUUGAUCCAACCGCAGGUCAUCCACUGUAUCUUGGCUGCAACCCCACACACGCAGACAACACCUUUUUCUACACGCAGAUGGGCAACGUGCUGUUUGUCGGGUACUCGGCUCUGUAUUCGUGGGAGUCGCUCCGCGAUCGGUUCGUGGAGGCAUGCAGCUUUGCCCUGGCGGAAAAGACAGUGCACACGCUUUUUGUGCUGGGCCACUGGAACAUAUGCAAUUCCGGCUGCAACCGGGAGCACUCGCUCUCCAUGGCCGUUUCUGACGUUGCCAAGCGGAUGGUAGACACCGUGCCCGAAUGCCAGCAAUUUCACUACGCUGACCUCGGCCUGCGCGCCGACGGUGACCAAAGCCACCAGGAGCCGAAAAACAUGGCAGAAUCCGAGCACGGCACACCGAGUUGGAGCGCCACACGUGGUCGACCCAUCGACGCAACUGCUACUCCGCGUGUGCGCCACAUCAUGGGCCACGUGCACUGUAAUGUGAAGAACAGCGACCACAGGGCCGGCUACAUGGUAGCAGGCUGGGGCAUGCACGGAUGCGGCAACUUCGGGCUGCCAAUCUUUGACACGACCGAGAGCCGGUUUCGUGUGUACUACUUUCCGCUUGUCGACCUCCGACCUGGGAAAAGGGGUUUCUGGUACGACGCGGUCAUGCGUUGUAUGCAAGAAAAGCGUUCGUGGCGUGCCUGCGCAGAAGACGGUCACGCGGAGCUGUGGACGGACGAACCGCUUCCCCCGCGAUCCACGUCCUUCGAAACAAAGGAUGGCUCGCUUCUUGCAGCAGCAGAGAGUGGGCUGGAAAUUCACGAAUAG